CGAAAAUGAAAGAGAGAGAGAGAGAGAGUCAUUGUAUUUCUUCAUUGAAUCGCCUGUGUUACGAAUUCUACUUAGAUCAACUGUAAUUCAACGAGGCGUUUCGGAGAUUUGCAUCCGUCUUCAGAUUCCCAUAGAUUCUCGCGUACGCGCAGAUCAGGAAUCGACGGGAAAUUGAGAGAGAAAAUCACAAUCGGAGACGGAGGGUUUUUUUUUUUUUUUCUGUGGGCGUAGCAGAAGAUGGACGCCGUAUUCAGCAAGCUCCGGAAUCUGGAUGCGUAUCCCAAAAUCAAUGAAGAUUUCUACAGCCGCACGCUCUCCGGCGGCGUGAUCACUCUCGUCUCCUCCGUCGUCAUGGUCCUCCUCUUCGUCUCCGAGCUUCGAUUAUAUUUACAUGCCGUGACUGAAACAAAGCUAGUGGUAGAUACAUCAAGAGGAGAACAUCUACGUAUCAAUUUUGAUGUCACGUUCCCUGCAUUAGCUUGCUCUAUGCUCAGCCUUGAUGCCAUGGAUAUCAGUGGAGAACAACACCUUGAUGUCAAGCAUGAUAUAAUCAAGAGAAGAUUAGAUUCUCAUGGCCAGGUGAUAGAAGCAAGGCCAGACGGAAUUGGUGCUCCGAAGAUUGAAAAGCCCUUACAGAGACAUGGUGGGAGGCUUGAGCACAAUGAGACAUAUUGUGGAUCGUGUUAUGGAGCAGAAACUUCAGAUGACGAAUGUUGCAAUUCCUGCGAAGAGGUCCGUGAAGCAUAUCGAAAGAAAGGUUGGGCACUUUCAAAUCCAGAUAUGAUCGAUCAAUGCAAAAGAGAAGGUUUUCUACAAAAGAUUAAAGAAGAAGAUGGUGAAGGAUGUAACAUCUAUGGGUUUCUGGAAGUUAAUAAAGUUGCAGGGAAUUUUCAUUUUGCUCCUGGAAAAAGCUUUCAACAAUCCAAUGUUCAUGUCCAUGAUUUACUAGCAUUUCAGAAGGACAGCUUUAAUAUUAGUCACAAGAUCAACAGGCUAUCUUUUGGAGACUAUUUCCCUGGUGUCGUCAACCCACUUGAUAAUGUGCAAUGGACGCAAGAAACGCCAAGUGGAAUGUAUCAGUAUUUUAUAAAGGUGGUGCCGACUGUUUACACAGAUGUGAACGGGCACACUAUCCAGUCAAAUCAGUUCUCGGUAACAGAGCACUUCAGGAACGCAGAAGUAGGACAGCUUCAGUCACUGCCAGGAGUUUUCUUCUUUUAUGACCUCUCUCCAAUUAAGGUGACUUUUACUGUGGAACAUGUGUCAUUCUUACACUUCCUAACGAAUAUGUGCGCUAUAGUUGGAGGUGUUUUCACGGUUUCAGGCAUCCUAGAUUCUUUCAUAUAUCAUGGUCAAAAGGCAAUCAAGAAGAAGAUGGAAAUCGGCAAAUUGAGUUAAAAAGUGAGCUUAUUUGGCAACUGUUCAAGGUUCGAUAGAUGGAUUUUUCCGAUACGUGACCCACUGUAGAGAUGAAAGCGGAGAACAAGGAUGACCAAAGUGGUUAUCUUUGAUAGGUCGGGAUGUUUCUUUUGAUCUAUGUUUGAUUGGUGCUGAUCAAUGAAAUAGACUGAUGCUGUCUGGCUCAACCAUUGAACGGUUGUUUCCCGCUCUUUGCCCACUAUAAAGGAAGUGUACCCUAGAAUGAGAAAGUUCCGUUCAUCUUUUAGCAUUUAGAUCGGUUUGGUCGAGUACAGUUUGGACAAUAUUUGAGGACGAGAUAUCCAUUGACAUGAAGGAUUUAAGUGUUCCAGAUUUUGGUCUCUUGCUAAUCUUUUAAGUUGAUGAUCACAAACAUAAUCUUGACCUA